GAAUCCCUUCCUCGUUUCUCCUUCAGAUUUUCAACUCCCAUGUCUUCUUCCACUGAUCACCAUGAGCUUCACUUCAUUCUGAUUCCUUUAAUGGCCCAAGGCCACAUGAUACCCAUGACUGACAUAGCCAGAUUGCUAGCCCAGCAAGGCGUCACCAUCACCAUCGUCACUACCCCAGUUAACGCUUUCCGAUUCAAGCCCAUCAUCGAUCGAGCAGCGGAAUCCGGCCUCCGAAUUCAACUUCUCCAACUUCGUUUCCCAUCUAUAGAAGCCGGGCUACCAGAGGGGUGUGAGAACCUCGAUCAUAUCUCCUCACCUGAAAUGAAGAUUAAUUUCUACAACGCAACAAGCAUGCUCCAACCAGCCUUAGAACAUUCUCUUCAAGAAAUUGAGCCACGCCCAAGCUGCAUAAUCUCAGACAUGACUUUCCCAUGGACAUCUCAUACGGCUCUUAAGUUUGGGAUUCCAAGGAUUUUCUUCAAUGGCAUGUCAUGCUUCACUCUCUUGUGCAACCAAAACUUACUCUGUUACAAGCCACAUGACAGAGUCGAAUCCGAUUCGGAGCUCUUUCUGGUUCCAGGCAUGCCUCAUCGAAUCGAGCUAACAAAGACUCAGCUACUGGGAGUUGUUCGACUAGAUAAAUCAGACGACUUACAAGAAUUUCGAAAACAAAUGAGAGAGUCUGAGCGAACAUCGGAUGGUGUGUUGAUCAAUAGUUUCUACGAAUUGGAAACUUGUUAUGUGGAUGAGUACCAGAAGCUUAUGGGGAAGAAAGCUUGGUGUGUUGGCCCUGUUUCACUAUACAACAAGGAAGCCUCAGAUAAGGCUGAGAGAGGUAAUAAAGCAGCCAUUGAUGAGGACAAAUGCUUGGAAUGGUUGGAUUCGAGAGAGACGGGGUCUGUAGUUUACGUUUGUCUUGGAAGCCUAUGUCCCUUGGUUCCUUCACAAUUGAUAGAGAUUGGGUUGGCCUUGGAGAGAUCGAACCACCCAUUCAUAUGGGUGAUCAGACAAGGCAACAAUAGUAAACAAUCAGAAGAGUUGGGGAGAUGGUUAUCAGAAGAAAGAUUUGAAGAGAAGACCAAAGGAAGAGGGCUUUUGAUUCGGGGCUGGGCGCCACAAGUAUUGAUCUUGUCGCACAGGGCGGUGGCAAUGUUCAUAACACAUUGUGGGUGGAAUUCAACACUGGAAGGGGUGAGUGCAGGUGUGCCUAUGAUAACAUGGCCCAUGUUUGCAGAUCAAUUCUAUAACGAGAAGUUGAUUGUGCAGGUUUUGGGGAUUGGAGUAAGGGUUGGUGUGGACAUCGCUUGUCCUAUGACACAGGGUGAAAAGCUUGGGGUGUAUGUGAAGGGAGAAGAGGUUGAGAAGGCUAUAGGGUUGUUAAUGGAUGGUGGAGAGGAAGGAGAAGUGACAAAGAAGAAAGCGAGAGAGCUUGGGGAGAUGGCAAGGAGAGCAGUUGAAGAAGGGGGUUCUUCUCAUCUCAACAUCUCACUUUUUAUUCAAGAUAUCAAGCAUCAGGUCGUAAAGAAACAUUCAGAAAUAAUCAAGGAGAGGAGUGAUUUAAUUUGAAGUGAAAUCAAAGAGAGUUAUUUUUAUUAAAUU